AGGCAAUAAGGCAGGCUCUCUUGUAAAGAUGGAACUAGAGGAUGUAAAGUCUGAUCUCACUGCCUUAAGAAAAUUAUAUGGGCUUCUCCAAAGUAAUGGAGUUGGUCAGCGCAGUACGACCUCAAAAUUUUUGGAUGACAAGGCACAGCUUCUAUUAAAGAAUUUGCUGGAUGGUGCUGCAGAAAAGAUGUUUGAUGCUCAUUCAAAGAUUUUAGCAGCUCAAUUAGACAUAUGUAAGAUGUCCUGUGCUACUCAACUAGAGAAACCUAAGAGCACCCCAAAGUUGCAGCCUCCAACAUCAGAUAUAUUGAAAACCUUUUCCCAUGUUGCUGAAAAUUCAAGCAAAGAUUCAAAUUGCUGUACGGUUGCUUCAUUAAAGGGUGAGCUACCACCUACCAAGCUAGAACCUCAAGACACAGUUUUGGAAAUUCCAGAAGGCAGCAUUUUUACUACUAAACUUGAAAACGGAAGAAACCAUCGUCAUAUUGGUAAGCAAAGCAGUGUGAAGUGUCUAAAUUCAGCCAAGGCGGUCAAAAUCUCAGCCAACAAAAAUGAGAAUCAUUGCAAGAGUCGUCAGGAUCAGCAAUCUGAUUGGUAUAGCCAAUUUAGUCAGGUUAAUGAGUAUGUGGAAGAAUUAGAAUCAAAAGAGAAGGCUAAGUGGAUUCUUGAACUUAAACAAAACUCUGGCAUGGGCAGAUCAUUCACAUUUUCAUCCAGCAAUCCUGCAACUCGAGUUUCUAAAGCAGGAGCUGAAGAGGUGGAACAAGCCAAGGCCACUGAUAUCUCAAAUGAGGUUGCUAAGGCAAUACAGCAAAUAGAAUCACGCCUUUCAUACAUGCACUUGGCUGAUGGGGGAUCAUGUUCAUUUGGGGAUAAAAAUGUGGCAUAUCAGGAUCAGAGAACAUCCAUAGUCGGUUCAGUUCCAACUGCCUGUUCAGUUCGCCCUACGCUGCAGACAAAAGGAGUGAAUGGGAAAGGAAAAGGUAUGAGUGCCCUGAUUGAGGCUCCUGGGUCUGUUACACCAAGUUCGUGGGCUAAUCAGUGGCUUGUGGACCCAAAUAGCUGCUCCAGCCGGGGGCAUCUGAGUCAAGGUGAUGAUCCUAUUUUGGCUAGACAUAACUCACCGACUGACAAAGGUGGUAAACCUGGUGAAAAUUCCAAUCAGCCGUCAACAAUUGACAAUAACCCGCUCAGUUGGACACACUGUCAAAAAUGUGGGAGAAAGAAGUGUACUAUUUUGCCAGACCAGAUGCUGUGUCAGGUUUCUAGUCAUGGAACAAAAUUACCCGACUUUCCUAGUCAGAGGACAAGCUGGGUUCCAGGCCACAGUGCCAAGGCCAUUGUGGAUAAAGUUAACCAUGUGAAUCAACCAGAGAGUCAAAAUGAUCAUUCUCCAUGUUUGUCUUCUAGUGUGAUUCGGGGGCUAAGGAUUUUACCAAGCCAGUCCAAUAAAGUGAGAAGUCAAUAUCAUAAUCAAAUGGCCACUAAAAAGACAUUAAUCAGGAAGGCUAUAGCAUCUCGGCCACCAAUGCCCCUCAGCUCCCAAGCCUUGGAACCACGAAGACAUAUGCAAGCACUAGAUUCUUGUUACAGGCCACAUGGACCAACCCAAGCAUUGGAUCCUCGUCAAAACCUGAGACAGACUAGGGCAAUGAAGCCGACCCAGUGGGGAAAGGAUUUUCCAUGUGAAAUGAUCCAGGCACAGGAGCCAACUCUACAGAAUUAUAGGCACAGCUUGAUGACUGCAGGCCCCAUCACCCGUAAAAAUCCAACGUCUCGAGGGAAUGGGACUCAUGGAAGCACUCAUGUGCGUCCCUUGAACGGAAUUCUGACACGUCAUCAGGAUUUGGAGGAAACGAGUUGGAGCUCAUGUAGCUCCUCAAGCUGGAAAACUCAGCCAACUAGCACAAAUGGCAGUGAUAAUGUGAUGUAUUCGUUGUCAAGUCAACAGAAUAACAGCAGCAACAGGGGUGAUGGUGAAAGAGAGAGCGAGAGCAAUAGCAACAGUAGCAGCAACAGCAACACCUUAAGCAGCUAUUCACUCCCCAGUCAGCAAACGAGCAUCAGCUCCAGUGAGGUAGACUCACAGCCACGUGGGAAGCAGUCCCAUCUGAUGGGUCUAACACCAAGGAGAUUAGCACACAAGGCUGGCAAAAAAAGGUCCAGGAAUCAUCAUUCAGAUGUGGGUUCAUGCAGAAUGAGCACUAAGAAGACAAGUAGGCCAGAAAAAGGGACUGGACGGUUGAAGAGAUUUAAGAACAAGUUAGCAUUGAUCUUUCAUCACCAUCACCACCACCACCAUCACCACCAUCACUCUGAGGACGAUGAUUCAGGCAGUGGUAACAAGGAUCGGAAGGAUGCAGGCCAUGCUGCAUCCCUGUGGAAGCAAAAGCAGAAGAAGGCCUCCCAUGGUAAAGGCAAAGAGGAAGUAUAUGGAGAGCAAGUGGUACAGAAGUUGGAAAAAUCAGCAGUAAGCAAGGUGCCGCAUAAGCAACAGCGUGGGCAGCUCAAUUCACUUGUUGAUGGGCUGGUGAAGCAUGUUCAAUGUUCAAAGAAAUCGAAACGGUCCAAGGCUGGCAUCACGCAGCUGGGGAAGACACAUGUUUUGAAUAAUGGCCAUAAGGAGUUGGAGAGGAAGUUGCACUGGUGGCAGAAAUUUCAUCAGCAGAAGGGCGUGAAACUGCCCCUUGGGAAACGCCGCGUUAGGUUGGCCACUAAGAAUAAAAAACCUCUAUUAGGUGAGAUGGAGAUGAAAUAAGGCCCUGGUAGCUUAGAAAAUGCUAUGCAAUUUAUUGAUUCAUAAACUUUUUUACCCUAAGGUUUAUAUCUUUGUAGGUACUUGGAUGUUUUAGGAGAAAAUUGAAAAAAAAAACACACCCACACACACACUUCUAUAUCGAAUGGUCUUGUUGUACAUUAUUUAAAUUGCUUGUGGGAUGCUCUAAUCAACCAAAUUAGAUUAAGACAGUUGCGCCCUUGAGGAAGAAGAUCAAGUGUGUAUCAUAGGAUGUUCAAUCAACCAACUGCAUUACUGCGGUCUGUUUCCAUUUAUCUUAAUUCCAUAUCAUUAUAAAUAGACCUGCCUCUCCAUUUAGUACUCCAACUUCAAGAGACUGUAUAUGAAUGUUUGUCUCCUGUUUGAAUUAAUUAAUAUUGCUGAUAUUAUGGCCA